AUGCUGGCCCUCGAUAUUAUCUUGUACGCCCUAUUGGGCACCUCCUUGGCCUUUGCCAUUGUCGAGCUGGGUCUCUCGGCUUUCGUUGCUGCCGCAUUCUCUGCCACGCAAGAAAUUGACUCCUGGAGUGUAUAUUCCAGCUAUUCAUAUCAAGUCAAUGUGGAACCUCCGCCUAUCCUCGUCUUCCUUGUCUUCUCUUCAGUUUGGACCAUUCUUGUGACGAUCGCCGCCCUAGUGCUACCCUGGUACUAUGCUCGCAAGGGCUUCGUGAGCGCAAAGCUCAACACUGUCCUCGCCGCUAUCUUUGUGGCCAUUUACUUCGUCACUAUGGUAUUCUGGCUGGCAUGCUUUGCUGACCUCGCCAGCCUCCUUGGGGGUGGUAUUAGUAUAAGUUCCUACUACAAUGCCGUGAUUGCAUUUGGCGUGCUUCUUUGGCUACUCUUUGUUGCUCUCGUCGUGUUCACCAUUCUUGCUAUGUGUGGUGUAUUGGUGUCUGACUGGGCUGGGUACCAGUCUCUCAGGAAGGAGAAUGGAGGUGGUCCGCAGACUACUGCUAACCCUGUCCACGAAGUCCCGAUGACGAAUCGCUUAGCCCUCCUCCUCGCCCACGGCGUGGAAAUGAGCACCACACCGGUCCGCAUGAUAUCAGUCCAAUAG